AUGGAUGCAACGGCGGCCGCUGCAUCUGUGGCAGCUAUUUCCGGGCUAGCAGCAUACGUCAACGGCAAAUACCACAUUGGACAGGAUCUGAGGGCACUGAGGUUCAAGAAGAGAGCGGCUGGCUACUAUGAGGAACUAGUAAGGACUAAACGGCAAUCCCUGUGGUACUCCUUUGCUCCGCAUGUCCCAGUUUACAGUAACAAUCAAUGUAUCUGGUCCCGCGACAGAACUUACACCUGGCAACAAGUUCACGAUCGCGCCGUCCAAUGGGGAAACUUCUUUUUGUCACAAGGCGUGAAACCGGGAGAUAUGGUCGCUACUUAUAUGAUGAACAGCGCAGACUUCAUGGUCAUCUGGCUCGGUCUCUUUUGUAUCGGGUGUGCACCUGCUCAUCUGAACUACAACCUCAAGGGAGAGGGUUUGGUGCAUUGCCUUAAAGUCGCGGGUGUAAAGAUUGUGCUUGUUGACGAGGAAGAGGGGUGUAUGGAGAGGUUCGAAGGCGUGAGGGUAACAGUGGAGGAGAUGGGUGUAACGGCUUUCAAGGUCGAUGAAGAGUUGACAAGCAAGGUAUAUCAGGGCAGUACUCAAGUGCCAGGUGAUGAGUACAGAGAGAAUGUCGUUGGUACCGAUCCGACAUGCCUCCUGUACACAUCGGGAACGACAGGAUUGCCAAAAGCAGGAAAGUUCAUGGUAAACCGUUAUCACGAACGAGGAAAUCCGCAAAACCUUACGUUCGACCAAAAAGCAGGACCGGACGGAGAUCGAUGGUAUUGUUGCAUGCCAUUGUUUCAUGGUACGGGGGGCCUAGCGGUAAUGGGCGCGUUGACUGCUGGAAUGAGCGUGGCAAUAGGACGGAAGUUUUCAGUGAGCACUUUCUGGGAUGAUAUCCACGACUCUCGAUCCACUGUUUUCGUCUAUGUCGGCGAAGCAGCGCGGUAUCUGCUCAUGGCACCACCACAUCCGAGAGAACGAGACCAUCGACUACGCGCCAUGUACGGCAAUGGUAUGCGUCCGGACGUGUGGAACAGGUUCAAGGAGCGGUUCAACGUCCCAGAAGUCAUCGAAUUCUUCAAUUCCACCGAGGGCGUUCUGGCUAUGGUGGUUCAUAGUAAAGGGCCAUUUACAGCGACAACUGUUGCUCAACACGGCGCUAUCAUCAGGCGAGCUCUCAACAACAUCUACGUACCCGUGCCCAUUGACCCGGAAACUGGCGAGCUUCUACGAGACCCUAAAACUGGAUUCGUGAAGCGCAACUCGUACAAUGAAGGUGGAGAGAUCCUAGUCGCGGUACCGAAUGAACAAGCAUUUGCUGGAUAUCACAACAACCCGAAAGCUACAGCUAAAAAAUUCGAAAGGGACGUGUUCCAGAAGGGUGAUUUGUAUUAUCGAUCUGGCGAUGCACUUAGACGGGACGACGAUGGGCGCUGGUACUUCCUCGAUCGACUAGGUGACACCUUCAGGUGGAAGAGCGAAAACGUGUCAACGGCCGAGGUAGCAGAGGUUCUCGGAAAAUAUCCCGGUGUAGGCGAAGCUAUCGUAUAUGGAACCCUAGUCCCUAGGCAUGAUGGUCGCGCGGGCUGCGUAGCCUUACGGCUGGCUGAUGGCGUUAGUCCCGACACAUUUGAUUGGAAAGCUUUGCUGGAUUACUCCAGAAGCAAACUACCGAGAUACGCGGUACCGCUAUUCUUACGUCUAGUGAAGGAAGCGAGCAACACAGACAACCAGAAGCAGAACAAGGCGCCUUUGCGUGAAGAAGGCAUGGAGAUCGAUAAGUUUGGCACCAAGGUUGUGGGAGGUGGUAAUGAUGUAGUCAUGUGGAUGAAACCAGGCGAGAAUCGGUACGUCCGGUUUACCAUGGCAGAUCUCGAGGCCUUGAGGGCUGGUAAAACUUUGCUGUAG